GGAUUUUUUUCCCCAGAGACACCCUUUAGAAAAUAACAGUUAUAGCUACAAGGAAGGAAUUUUCUGGGCAGCUUUGGGGUUAGAAAGAUGACAAUAUUUGGAAUGAAAUUAGAAAUUGCUUUUAAGAUUAUAGCACAGUAGACAAUGUCAGCCAGUCUUUGCCGGCUGGACCCUUGUAAUGGCAUUUAAAAAUUCAAUUCAGUGGUUACAGUUUUUUCAGCUGUUCACUAGGCUUCAUCCUUGAAUGCAUAUCAGUAAUUUUUCUUUUAAAAAUUAACACUGAAAAGAUAACGUUUUUACUCCCCCCUUGUUUCACUUGAAAAAAAGGAAAAGAGCAAAUGAGAAAUGGAAAUUGUACCAUUGUAACUGAUGCCAAUUUAUUCAGCUGUUUAUGCCUUAUAGUGAGAAUGAAGUGCUAUUGAGAUGCCGUUUUAGUCCAAAAUGGUGGUGCUUUAAAAUGAUAAAUACAGGUCUUACAUGAUUGUGGUGGUGUUCUCUGGAUGUUCUCUGGACCACAUGUAUCUUCUUCCCACUACAAUCUGAGAUAUUUAAUUUAAAAACAGUGUAUUCUGAAAUAAAUUUGUCUCCCCUUUUGAGCUUUUGGACCCUAAAUCUCACUCUAAAACAUUAAGGAAACCAUCACCAAAAAAUUAAGUUGGUUGAAAUUGGGCAAGGAAGGAUUAGACCCCUUCUUAGACAGGUGUUCUUGAGUCCCACUGACAACACGGUUCACACAGUAUUUCAUGACAAUGGAUGGUGACAGCUCUACAACAGAUGCUUCUCAACUAGGAAUUUCUGCAGACUAUAUUGGAGGAAGUCAUUACGUUAUACAGCCUCAUGAUGAUACUGAGGACAGCAUGAAUGAUCAUGAAGACACAAACGGUUCAAAAGAAAGUUUUAGAGAACAAGAUAUAUAUCUUCCAAUUGCAAAUGUUGCAAGGAUAAUGAAAAAUGCCAUACCUCAAACGGGAAAGAUUGCAAAAGAUGCCAAAGAAUGUGUUCAAGAAUGUGUAAGUGAGUUCAUCAGCUUUAUUACAUCUGAAGCAAGUGAAAGAUGCCAUCAAGAGAAACGGAAGACAAUCAAUGGAGAAGAUAUUCUCUUUGCCAUGUCUACCUUAGGCUUCGACAGUUAUGUAGAACCUCUGAAGUUAUACCUUCAGAAGUUCAGAGAGGCUAUGAAAGGAGAGAAAGGAAUUGGUGGAGCAGUCACAGCUACGGAUGGACUAAGUGAAGAGCUUACGGAGGAGGCAUUCACUAACCAGUUACCAGCUGGCUUAAUAACUGCAGAUGGUCAGCAACAAAAUGUUAUGGUUUACACAACAUCAUAUCAACAGAUUUCUGGUGUUCAACAAAUUCAGUUUUCAUGAUCCGAAGAAAUGAUGGAAUGGAGAGCGUAGAAAAAGUGUAUGAUUCCAGAACAGAGACAUUAGAAGGAAAUGACUGGUGAAAAGAUGUCUCUUUGUACAUUAAAUAGCUGUAAUGUAGCUUCCCAAUGCUUGACUAAUUGAGGUGUUAAUUCUGACUUGAGAAUCUUUUUCAUGAAUGAUUUUAAAGAAAAAUUUGGAUUUUAAAGGUAUUAAAAUAUUUUUGUUUUGUACAAGAGUUUGUUGCUCUGUAUGACUCCUGUAUGCAUUGUAUAUUGCAAUUUAUUACUGUCAGAGAUUUGUAGACAGUUUCUUAUUUUCAUAUUGAAUCAUGUUACUUUUGUAAUUCAAGUAAGCAGCUGGGUUAAUUCAUGUUUGCCCUUUUAAUAAAAUAUAAGGGUAGAGUUCAUUUUGAAUGCAAGUUGCCUUUAUUAUAAAUUUUAGUUUGUCUUGGUUAUAUAAUAUCUUGCAUGAUAACCUAGCUAGAUUUUUAGCAUUUGCCAUAUUUAUUAAAAUUAAUUUUUUUGUAAAACAUUCAUAGCUUAAGCAACACCAUUUUUAAAAAAAUGUAAUUGAGAAAUUAAGUGUGAAUGCAGAAGCAAAUAUUGUCUGCCCUAUUCAACUUGGUGCCCAUUAACAGUGUUUACACUGUUCAUUAUGCCUGUUAAGAUAGUUUUAAUUCAUUGGAGCUUUUGUUAAGACUAGAUUUGUUUUUGAGUUAAAUUAUUGAGUGUUGGAAUUCAUUAAUAAGUUUAAUGUAGUUCUAGUGCUCUUGAAAUGGUGCCCCUUUCAUUUGGUAUAUGGUUUUCCCAAAGCUUAUCUUCAAAUACUAUAUAGUAUCCUCUUCCAGAAGAGGAAUUUUAUAGUCUGGUGGUAAGGGUCCUCAUUUUACCUUUCUAAUUGAAAUGUCAAGUUUCCUAUUAUACUAUGGGAACCAAGAAACGUCAGACAUCAUUGUGUGUGCACAGACCUUUUCUGCAUGGGUGAGUGAAUGAAAUGAGCAGAGUGAGUGCUCCGAAUGGUGUGAAAGAGAAGCCGCCAACUUCUAGUGUGCUGUCUUGAUCUUUGCAAUAAACUAAACUUAGAUAACAUAA